AUGGACCUCCAAGGAACCCGGGCGACAACCCUUCACAAGCAAAAAAGCGGAAAAAAUGGAUGUUGUCAAGGCCGAAAAACUCCGACGUCUUCAAGUAGAUGCUUCCACCGGACCACUGUUUCAUCUAGCAUUGACGAUGUUGAUCCUCUUGCCACCAACUAUGGUGUCAUUCCACUCAAAGAGGAGGAUGAUCCACAAAUGCCGUCUUUAUCUUCUAUAGGAAGCAGAGGAUCAAAUCAAAGAGAGAUGAAUCAUCUAAGAAGAACAUUCUAUUAUGGUGAUCCCGUUGGAAGAUGGACUUCAUGGACUCCGUUAAACCCCAGAAGAAGGUUUAUAGGCUGCCCAAAUUACCAGGAUGCACUCAAAGACUACAAAUACUUUCAAUGGGUGGAUCCUCCUCUACCAAAAUAG